CUAUAUUCUACCGCCGUUGGAGAAGGCGAACUCCAACGGUCAAAAAGCCGGAGCGUCGGUCGAUAAAUUAACCUUAUUCUCAUCGUCGCUGUCUGACUGUCUCUCUCGGCUCUCGCUCUGGUCGUUGUUGGAAGAGAGAGAUAGGGAAAGAAAAAGAAGGUCGGAAAGGGAAAGGGUAGAAGGAGCGGCGAGAUGACGAGGGAGAACCAGGACGUCCGAGAUAACAUUCCAACCGCCGCUGCCUCCGCCGGCGCUCCUUCCGCGGCCAAGCAGCCUGCCCCUGUCACAAAGAGUCCCGACGGUCAAUCCGUCCUCAAGAGGUUGCAGUCUGAACUGAUGGCAUUAAUGAUGUGUGGAGAUCCUUGUAUAUCGGCCUUCCCUGAGGGAGACAACAUCUUUUGCUGGAAAGGAACCAUCAAUGGCAGCAAGGACACAGUUUAUGAGGGCACGGUCUACAAGCUCUCUCUUGCCUUCCCCACUGACUACCCAUUCAAGCCUCCCAAGGUGAAGUUUGACACUGUGUGCUUCCAUCCAAAUGUGGAUCUCUCUGGCAACAUCUGCUUGGAUAUUCUUCAGGAUAAAUGGUCAUCUGCAUAUGAUGUUAGAACCAUAUUACUUUCGAUCCAAAGUCUUUUGGGUGAGCCAAACAAUGACUCCCCUCUCAACAACCAAGCAGCAGCUCUUUGGUCCAACCAAGAAGAGUUCAGGAAAAUGGUACACAAACUGUACAAACCAGUAUAGUUUGUCAGGGGGGACAUGUGAUUGAAGAUUCAUUUGAUUUCUAAGCUUAAGUUAUUGUUUUAUGGAUAUUGUAUUGGAUUUCAAUUUACAAUUUAUACAGAUUGAUUGUCCAAUUUUUUGUAUUUCAGAAUAAAAGUUCCGUACUUAGUAUAUAAA